CAGGAGGUCAAAGUUGAACAGUUAGGAAACAUGGUUUUGUAACAUCCUGUAGCAGCUUUUACCUAAGCACUGUUUUACAACAGCACUGCAGCACCAGCUCAGGUCUCAUUAACAUUAAAGAUACAACAAUGUUACUCGCUUCAGUUCGGACGACCAUCUUCUGCAGCUGCCGACACGUUAAUAGAGGAUUUCAACAAAGCAAUCGAAAUCCUCAGCUGCGUCAAUGGCUUGUGAAGAGGAGUCAGAGCACCAUCACAGCCGAGGUUGGGGCCACCUCCGUUCCAGCGGCAGCUACCGUCCCCAACGCAGCCACAAACCGCAUACUAGGUCGCUGGUUACUCGGCUGCAGCGGGCUGGUGGUGGGGGCUGUCGUCUUGGGAGGUGUCACAAGGCUGACAGAAUCCGGGCUCUCCAUGGUUGACUGGCAUCUGGUGAGAGAGAUGAAGCCACCACAAACACAGGCAGAGUGGGAAGCUGAGUUUGCCAAGUACCAACAGUUUCCUGAAUUCAAAAUAAUGAAUCAUGACAUGACGCUGCCAGAGUUUAAGUUCAUCUUCUUCAUGGAGUGGGGUCACCGGAUGUGGGGAAGGCUGGUUGGACUUGCAUACGUCCUCCCCACCGUUUACUUCUGGAAGAAAGGAUACUUCAAUCGUUCCAUGAAGGGAAAGGUGCUCGGGCUCUGUGGAUUCGUCUUCUUUCAGGGUCUCUUAGGAUGGUACAUGGUUAAAAGUGGUCUGGAGGAGAAGCCUGAGUCUUAUGACAUCCCUCGUGUCAGUCAGUACCGCCUAAGUGCUCACCUCGGUUCGGCCUUGUUGCUCUACUGUGCCAGUCUGUGGACAGGUCUUACCCUGCUGCUGCCUGUACACAAGAUGGCAGAAACCAAGAGUAUCUUGCAGCUCAGGAGGUUUGCAAAGGGUACCGGAGGUCUCGUCUUCCUGACUGCUCUUUCAGGUGCCUUUGUUGCCGGUUUGGAUGCUGGCCUGGUGUACAACUCCUUCCCUAAGAUGGGCGAGCGAUGGAUCCCUGAUGAUCUGCUGGCGUUCUCCCCAGCCCUCAAGAACGUCUUUGAAAACCCUACCACUGUACAGUUUGACCACAGAAUUCUGGCGGUCUCAUCGUUGACUGCGAUUACAGGCCUCUACAUGUUCUCAAGGAGGAUGAUGCUUCCUAAGAGAGCCAAAAUCGCAAUAAGCCUCCUCACAGCAAUGGCCUAUGGACAGGUUGCCCUCGGUAUCAGCACCCUGUUGCUGUACGUUCCCACUCCACUGGCAGCCACUCACCAGUCUGGCUCUGUGGCUCUUCUCUCACUGGCAAUUUGGGUUUUGGCAGAGCUCCGCAAGAUGCCCAAAUAAAUGCCUGCUCUGUUAUGGACAAAUCCAAUCCCCACCAGCCACACUAGAAGCCUUUUAAUUGUCAAUAUAAUGGGCUAGGCUUUCAGGGACUCAUUUGAAAAGAUGGAGGCGCUAAAUACUGAGAAAUGUUUUUGUUUCUAAUACUCAUAAUAAUCAUCACACCUCUGUCAAAGCAGGGAUGUUUUUUUGAGUGUUGUUGACUGAAAUAACAAGAAUACAUCAAGGCUGUCAGCGAGGACUUGGCUGAACCAUUCAUGGAUGGAUGUUGUGAUCAGAGGAAGACGAGUAAACGAGAGGUGUUUUUUGUCGUGCAGGGAAUGAAACACGGAUUAAAAAAGCAGAACAAGCUCGAUUUCACUUUCUAUUCAGCUUUCGAAGCACCGCAGAAGAAUUUUGAUUGAAGGGUAUAUUUUUUGCUAUGCCAGAUUUCUGCAGAAAUCAGCUCUGUUGAAUGAUUUGCAGCUUUUUGUUUAAGUAUUUACGAUUGAACAGGAUGUUACCAAGUGCUCACCUUUUCAUAUGCUGCCUGUAAGUUGAAUCAGAUGUGGCUGUUUGGAUUGACUGUAUAAUUAUGUAUAUUUAAGUUAUGAAACAUUGCUCUAGUUUGAUAAAUUAUAAGAUAAAUAACAUGUUGAAACUUGAUUUGUUUUGCUUUGUACUGUAUUUAGAAAUGUUAAGCUGAAAGCACCGUUUUACUUCAAUAAAGAGGAUUAUGUACAGCCUGUGAAACUCAAA